GGGGGAGGGUAGGGGCGGGGAGCAUUGCUCUGAAAACUACUUCUUCCAGGAGGAAACGCGCUAUUCCGAAGGCUUUACAAUGGAAACUUGGCUUAGGCAUCCAACUGAGAUAGAGUGGGAACUACCGCUUCCGUCAAGCACUAUCCGUGUCGAAGGGAAGCUGGGAGGAGGAGGGUGCAGGAGGAACUUCAAAGCCCAGCGGGCUUUGCGCGGACAACGCCUGCGCGAUGAGAGGACGGGGGGGCGGUCGGGCCAUUUAAAUGUGUGUGUGGGUGAAAUGGCUGCGCAGGUCGGAGCGGUGCGCGUAGUGCGGGCGGUGGCGGCGCCCGAGGAGCCGGACAAAGGGGGGAAGGAGAAGCCCCGGCCCGGGGCCUCGCCCCGAGGGACCAAGCGGCAGCGCCGGGCGAGCAGCGGGGGGCCCCGGGAGAAGCGGGGGCGGCCGAAUCAGGACCCCCCUCCCGCUCCUCCUUACCGGCGGCGUCGCAGCCGCCAACAGCCGGGGCCGCCGCCGCCGCCUCCUGCUGCAGCCUCCACCGUCCCGAGUCCCUCGGAGCCACUGCUGCUGACGCCGCCACCACCUCCUUCACUGGCCCCCGCGGGGCCCCCGUUGGCCGCCCCGCUGGCGGCCUCGGCGCUCUUCACCUUUUCGCCGCUGACGGUGAGCGCGGUCGGGCCCAAGCACAAGGGCCACAAGGAGCGCGAGAGGCACCGGCACCACCACCACCACGGCAGCGACCCCGGCUCGUCGGGUGUCGCCGGCCCAAAGCACAAGGGCAAGCGGGAAAACGGUGACCAGAGUGGUGGGUUGUCUUCGGCCAAGGCUCCCAAGAGAGAAACACCAGAUGAAAAUGGCAAAACCCAGAGGGCUGAUGACUUUGUCAUGAAGAAAAUAAAGAAGAAAAAGAAAAAGAAACAUCGAGAAGAUAUGCGUGGGAGACGCCUUAAAAUGUACAACAAAGAAGUACAGACUGUCUGUGCUGGCCUGACCCGAAUUAACAAGGAGAUUCUGACCCAAGGACAGGUGAAUAACAGUUCAGGAGUUAACAAGGAAUCCUUCAGGUAUCUGAAAGAUGAGCAGUUGUGCCGACUGAAUUUGGGCAUGCAAGAAUACCGGGUACCCCAGGGAGUCCAAACACCAUUUAUGACUCAUCAGGAGCAUUCUAUUCGUAGCAACUUCUUAAAAACAGGCACUAAAUUUAGUAACUUUAUUCACGAGGAGCACCAGUCCAAUGGUGGUGCUCUAGUUCUUCAUGCCUACAUGGAUGAACUCUCAUUUUUGUCUCCAAUGGAGAUGGAGAGGUUUUCUGAAGAGUUCCUUACUCUGACAUUCAGUGAAAAUGAAAAAAAUGCAGCUUACUAUGCCUUAGCAAUAGUGCAUGGGGCAGCUGCUUAUCUGCCUGACUUCUUGGACUAUUUUGCUUUUAAUUUUCCCAACACUCCAGUGAAAAUGGAAAUUCUGGGCAAGAAAGAUAUUGAAACAACAACUAUUUCAAACUUUCAUACUCAGGUCAACAGGACAUACUGCUGUGGAACCUACCGAGCAGGUCCUAUGCGGCAGAUAAGUCUUGUGGGAGCAGUAGAUGAAGAAGUUGGUGAUUAUUUUCCAGAAUUCCUUGAUAUGUUAGAAGAAUCACCAUUUCUGAAAAUGACUUUGCCCUGGGGUACACUCUCCAGUCUCCGACUCCAGUGUAGGUCCCAGAGUGAUGAUGGACCUAUAAUGUGGGUGAGACCAGGAGAACAGAUGAUCCCUACAGCAGAUAUGCCAAAGUCACCCUUCAAAAGACGCCGAUCAAUGAAUGAAAUUAAAAACCUCCAGUACCUACCUCGGACCAGUGAGCCCCGAGAGGUUCUCUUUGAAGACAGAACGAGAGCCCAUGCUGAUCAUGUAGGUCAGGGGUUUGACUGGCAGAGUACGGCUGCUGUUGGGGUUUUGAAAGCUGUACAGUUUAGUGAAUGGAGUAACCAACCUCGAAUAACCAAAGAUGUGAUUUGUUUUCAUGCUGAGGACUUUACUGAUGUUGUGCAGAGACUUCAGUUAGACCUCCAUGAACCUCCAGUGUCACAGUGUGUUCAGUGGGUGGAUGAAGCUAAACUAAACCAAAUGAGGCGAGAAGGCAUUCGUUAUGCCAGAAUCCAGCUGUGUGAUAAUGAUAUCUACUUCAUCCCAAGAAAUGUCAUUCACCAAUUUAAAACCGUGUCUGCAGUAUGCAGUUUAGCCUGGCACAUAAGGCUUAAGCAGUACCACCCUGUUGUGGAAGGCCCUCAGAAUGCAGAAAAUAAUGCCAACAUAGAUUUUGGUAUCACUGCAAAGUCAGAAUCGGAAGCCAACUCUCAGUGUGUGAGUUUAAAAACGGAGUCAGAAGGAACAAAUGCAGAGACACAGCUUUUGACAACUGCAUCUUCAUCUUUCUCAACUUCGUCAGGACUUGUACAGCAAGAUCAAGGGGUUCAGCUCCUUCCAGCUGUAAAGUUGGAACCCAGCCUGGAAUCUGACCAACCACACGAUCCACAGGAUCAUCCAAGUAUUCCUGUGUGACAUGUACAUAUUCAAACACAUUUUUUUAACUUUUUUAAAUUUUGAUGUGAAGUUAUAGUUUUAUAACUGGCUUAAGUUAAGUUUUAUUGGAGAAAUCUUGCCUAUAAUUCUAUAAAGAGAAAUGACAUUCCAAAAAUGUCAAGCAUAUCUUUUUUACACAGAUUAUGCAAAGUUAAGAGUUGUAUCUUAUCCCGUUAGUACAGUAUGUAAUAGUGGGUCUGCUGCUACUUUCUGUUUUAAGGUGUGAGGUAACAAUUCAGUUGCUUUUCAAAUCAAAAUAGGAACUCCCUGGAGUUAAUAGAUUCGUAUUUGAUAAAUUGAUCACUCCCUUGUUUUGUCUUGUCUCUUGCCAUAUUUGCUUCUUUUAUAUAAGAUAAAACCUAUAGCUUAGUGCCUGUGUGCUUUAUUGCACAGGUACAAUUUCUGCAGUAAAGAUGGCAUUGGCUGUAGGACAAUGUUCCUGCAUCCUCUCUCCUGGCAAGUGUGGCAUUUAGUUCCAACUACAAAGAAUAAGUGACUUCUGUGGAUGAUUAGGUGACUCUCCAAUUUCUUAGUGAAAGAGAAAGCACAGCACUUUUAAUGAUCACAAUGUCUUCUUUGUAUCUGUUCUUGAAAGCCCAUAGGAGAACUUAAGUAACUCUACAAACAAGUAGUCCCUAGUCAUUAUCUUUGGCUCAUUAACCAAGUGUUCAAGAUCAACUCUAGAAGAUGUUCUAGUUAAAAAUGCAGAGUUGCUAUGAUAACUGGGAUGCUCUGCCCAACACCUUCAACUUUGGUGUUGAUACUUGCUUCCUAAACUCAUCAGUAGUCUCAACUGGAAAUUGUUCUCCAUUCUACUGAUGAGGCUGCCAUAUUUCGAGCAUCAACUUUGGGUAAGACUCUGACUUGUCAGCUGGCUUCAAUCUCUUCAUGAUAAAAAUCUAGUAUUACUAAUGCACUUAAACUCACAGUUGUAACUGGUGCAUACCUGAGUUUAUUCACUGUAAUUGUGUUGCUAUUUCCUAGUAAGGAAUAGUUGCACUAGACUUUUCACCCUAGAGUUUCAGGUAGCCUGAUGCGAUAGUGCCUGGAUGCUUUUAUUUUUAUUUUCAAAACGGGCACAGUUCAUCUAGUUAAUGUAGUCUGAACAUUUUGUUAUUUAAGAAUGUUAAUGUGAUGUGCAUCUCACUCAUUCUCUUAGUUCUUAAUAAUGCCAAUAGACCUUCUGUUUAUUAGAAGAAAGAGUCUCCCCCACCUAAGACCAGACUGGCAUAUCAACUUAGUUAUGGUGCAAUUUGGAGUUUGGUUCUUUUCCUUUCUGGAAUAGGUGAGAUUUGGAAAACUUAUGUUAACAUAGGCAAAAAAAAGAUGCAGCUUCAUUAUGUCUGUCACCAUGGAAACUCAGCUGUAUCUUUUGAAAUAUCAAUUAUGAAUUUUCUCUAAAAGUUUCUGAAAUAGGUUAAAUCUGUUAUAUAAAUAUUACUUUGUGCAAUAUUGUUGUGUAGUUAUAUGCAUAUUAGCACAGUAUAGGGGUCACUGUUUAAACUGAUAGAAAAGUAACCAUCAGAAAAUUCUGCAGUGAUUAGUUAGAAUCUGUAUUAUUCCUUAUAUAUAUAUGUAUAUGUAUGUAUUCUUUGUUACAAAGAAUGAAGACAAAUAGAGAAACAUUUCAAUUUAAACCAUUUACAAAUUGGAAGUGAUGGUGAAUGUUUAGUAAUCUGUGUAAAUAAGGUGUUAGAAUGGAAAGCUUUUAUGAAAGGUAAUGUGAUUCAUGCAGGGGUGUUUUUAAAUCUUGGGUAAAAAUUCUAGGGUAAAAAUUCUAGUUCAUCAAGGCUAGUUUAGAGAUCUGCCCUGAGUUUUUGGCUUUUGUUACCUUCUUCUUCUUUUUCGUCUUCUUCUUCUUUGUCUUCUUCUUCUUCUUUUUCUUCUUCUUCUGCUGCUGCUACUUCUGCUUCUUCUGCUUCUUCCUCUGCUUCUACUUCUUCUACUUUUUUUUUUGUCCAGAAGAAUUUCAUAGAGCUUUACCAGGCUGUGCAAAGUAAAAUUCUUCUCAGGCAACAUUUUGCUUCAGUGCAGUUUUGAUAUUUAUAAGAAUCAUGAAGAGCAAGGUUAUUAACAGGAAUAUUGUUUUUUCAAUUCCUCUUCAUUCACUUUUGUCUUCCAAGAUCCCAUUUCCCCCAAUCUCCUACUUGCCAUCCAGCAGAUGCCAUUUGUCAUCCAAGCUGGUCAUUGCUAACAAACAAGGAGACUGUCUCCUGAUAGCCAGCACUGUGUAUAAUUACUCAGGAACCAGCAAAUCUGCAAAGACUUUAUAAUCGAAAGCAAAACUCCAUUUUUAUCUUUUAAGGCAUUUUACCCUCACCUCCAAUAUAAACAUUUAAAAAGGUAUGAACCUUUUAGAUCAUGUAGUAAUAAAUUCAUUGUAUUUUAGAAUUGCAGUAGAAUGGAAAGGGGAAAACCAUUUAGCUUGUAAUAUGUAUCUGGAAACUCCUGAAUGUCCUACGUGAGUAUUAGAUUUUAAUAGCAUGAUUUUAAGACUGAUGAAUAUAAAAGCAGGCAAGCUUGAGUUUCAUACUGCUUUCAAAGCUAUAUCCUAGGUUAGUGAAAUAAACAAUUGAAACUUUUCUAAGCAAUUAAAUUAUUUGGUUUGGUGGGUUGAGGCAUGGACCAAUUCCAUGUCUUUUGAUUUGUAAGAUAGUGAUGGCAAUUUUGAACUUUUAAGUGGAAUUAAGCUGAUCUUCCUCUUAUGUAUAAAUCCAUUGUGCCAACUCUUUUAGAGAUUAUAUCUCUUGCAGAGUGUGUGGCUGUAAAGCGUAAAAUUUUUUGGAGCAGAGGGAUGGUAGAAAUGUCCUUGUGUAAAGGGCCUAAUAAAUGAGUAUUCUUAACCCUACUGACUAUAUGGCACCAACAAUGGUGUCAACCAGAGUGAUGGUUGUUAUGUGAUAUCCAUUUAAUAAACAACAAAAACAAGGUAAUAGACAGAGAAACCAAAAAAUGCAAACUCAUUAAACCUUCUCUUCCCUUUCCUUACCAAUUUUAUAAUCAUAAGUAAUAUACUAGGAGUGAAAGUGCAACUUACACAAGUACAGUUUAAAGAGUAACUUCAUAUAGUUAAUGGGGAAACUAGGUAAGGGGAAGCUUAAAUGUUUAUGAAAUCUCCAUGACCAUUACUAUUUACAACUUUUUUUUAAAAAGGAUAUUAGUGAUUAUUCAAUUGUAGAAGUUGUAUGGAUUAUCAUUGUGGGUGUGUAUGUGUGUGGGUGUGUGUGAGAGAGUUUUGUAUUGAAAGAGGUAUCCCAAGUAACCGAUAUAAUAUACUUCCAUUUUUAAGUUAACUGUGAAUUUGAGGGUGCUUAUCUAAAUCCUUAAUUCAGUUCAAAUGCCCCUGAAUUUGUUUUACUUAAUUGAAAUGUGGUCUUCCUCCAGUUAGAGACAAAGUGAUGUCAUCUGAGGAAUAUUGCACACAGGAAAAACUAGCCCUAUUUUAUUUUAGGGAGUAUAGUUUACUUUAGGGAAGAAGUAAUUUUAAUCAAUAUUGUUAGGCUUACAAUCCAAAUUUAGUAGUGGUUGGAGAAAUUUUUCCUUAUUAGAUCCUUUUCUAUCCUUCUGGAUUUUCUUUCCCUCUAGAACCGAAUAUUUUAUAACUUGUGGGCUACCAUGUGUUAGGACAGGACCCAAAACUCUGCAAACACUUGGUGAAUGCAUUCUUGACAGUAACAACAGUGGACUUGAAAUUUUCUUCCACUUUAGGCCACUGAAAAAAGUCUGUUUGCAUUUUCACCUGUAGAAGAAUCUAGUACAUGUCUCUCCAAUAAGUUAUUGUGUUAAUGCCACAAGGAUUUUUAAAAAAUAGUAAACAAAAAAACUUAAAUCUUCACUGGCACAUACCACUAAUUUCAAGUUCACAUUUGUGCUGAAUUUUAUUUUUAUAAACACAGAUUGCAGCCAUAAUGGUCCUGUAGUUGGUAGAGGAAAGGCAUGAGAUAAAAUGUUUUUCUUCCACACCAACAGGACCUUUUAUUAUCCUGAAAGUUCAUGUUGCAGAUUAAAAUUUACAUUGCUUUAAGAGCAAGUAUCUCUCCAUAAAUAUUAUGGCCUUCCAUAUUGUUCAUAGACUUUUUAGAAUCCACUUGUGCAUGUAAUUGGGGAGAAUACCUCCUCUUAAUAUAGCACUUUUCAAUUCUCUCUAAAGAAAUACUUUAGUACUACUUCUAUCACAUGUUGUAAAGUUUCGUGUAAUAGUGUUUUCUGUGACUAAAACUCCAUUUUGAUUGGCAGCUAAGACUUUUUUUCUGUGGCUUUAAUUUAUCUGAGGUCUUUGCAUAUAGAUGAAAUUAUAAUUUGCCUGGAGAACUGUUUGCAUUGUACGGCCUUAGUAAGUUUAUUGACAUUAACAAGUGUUUUAAAGAGGUUUUUAAUGAAUAGUCUAAACCUAAAUCUAUGUGAAUAAUAAUCCUUUAACAGUGCAUUUCUUUUUGUAGCUGACUGUCUAAGCGUGUUAAAUCGUUUAAGCUAUUUCUUUGUAAAAUAGUACAAUGGAAUGCAUAGAGGUUUUUUUCCUGUAAAGUAUUUUUUUAAUAAACAAAGUCUGAUUUGUCCUUUAAUAAA